UUUAGUGAAUUGAAUUGAGAUGAGCAGCAAGCAAUGAAUAAAUACUUCCAAGAGCAUAGGUCUUAUGGCCGAAUAGAAAUCACUGUUUGUUUACAUUUUCUGUAUUGUUUUUUGAAUAACACGGAUUAGCAAUAGCAAGCAUCUGGAAAUGGGAUCCAAAAAAGGUGGAGAAGGAAAGGUAGUAUGUGUAACAGGGGCAUCUGGUUUCAUAGCUUCAUGGCUGGUGAAGUUGUUACUACACCGUGGAUACACUGUCAACGCUACUGUUCGCAACCUCAAGGAUACAAGUAAAAUGGCUCACCUGCUAGGUCUUGAUGGAGCUAAUGAGAGGCUGCAUCUAUUCAAAGCAGAGUUACUUGAAGACCAAUCAUUUGAUCAUGCCGUUGAUGGUUGUGAAGGUGUCUUUCAUACAGCUUCACCUGUUUUCCUCACAGGAAAAUCCAAGGAGGAACUUGUGGAUCCGGCUGUGAAAGGAACCUUAAAUGUCCUUCAGUCAUGUACCAGAUCACCAUCUGUCAGAAGAGUGGUGAUAACUUCUUCUACUGCGUCUGUUAUAUGCAAUAAAAAUAUGUCAAUCCCUGGAGCUGUGGCUGAUGAGACUUGGUAUUCAGAUCCAGAAUUCUGCGAGGAAAGAAAGGACUGGUAUCAACUCUCCAAAACACUGGCUGAGCAGGCUGCUUGGAAAUUUGCAAAAGAGAAUGGGAUUGACUUGGUAACACUCCAUCCAGGUCUUGUCAUUGGUCCACUUCUGCAGCCUACGCUCAAUUUUUCUUGCGAGGCUAUAGUGAACUUCAUAAAAGAAGGAAAAGAAGCAUGGUCUGGUGGAAUAUAUAGAUUUGUGGAUGUUAGGGAUGUCGCUCAUGCACAUAUACUAGCAUUUGAGGUUCCUUCAGCAAAUGGAAGAUAUUGUUUAGUUGGGGUAAAUGGAUACUCUUCUUUGGUUUUGAAGAUUGUACAAAAGCUUUACCCUUCCAUCAUUCUCCCUGUGAAUAUUGAAGAUGGAUUGCCUCUUACCCCACACUUCCAAGUAUCGAGUGAAAGAGCAAAAAGUUUAGGAGUCAAAUUCACACGUCUUGAGUUGAGCGUGAAGGAUACUAUUGAAAGCUUGAUGGAAAAGAACUUUCUCCAAAUUUAAUUGGUGGGAAUGGAAUACACCAUCAUCAGGGUUGAGCUAUAGUUAUGCUUGGGACCCUGCAUUUGUGGGCGAAAAAUCCACUUAAUAUGUAUAACAAAUUUAUACAUAGAUAAUGUAAUCCUAUUUUCUAAGUACGUAUGUAACAAACACCCAAUAAUCUCCAUGUCCCAUUUUAAUUUGGAUAAACUAUCUAAUUAGAUAUAUAUUCAUACCAUAUCUACU